AUGCCCACUCCCUCCGUCGCCUCCAGGAAGAGAAAACGUGCACAUCAAUACACCGUCAGCUACAGCGAAGUUCAAGAGGUAGACAGUCACGGCAGAUUGCGAGAAGUCAUCGUUAUUGAAGACACUCCGCCUCCAUCCACAAUAUCUCCCGCAACAACACAUACCAACGCCUACUCGGCCUCUUAUCAACCACCUGUAUACUCGGCUCCGAUAAGAACAAGAGCUCGCGCUGCUGCCGAAGCUCAGGCUUUGUCUGCGAGCACAUCUUCCGCAGCUCUCGUGGCACCGGCGCUCAAGAAAAGGAAGCGCGAGCCAGUCGACGACUCUCGUGGGAUACUCACAAAGAAGCCCGCUACUGUCAUUCAGCAGCAACAGCCCCAACUUGCCUCCAAAUCAUGGGCCAGCGGCAGCGGGCCUGUCGCGGAAGAUACAUCUAAAGGGCCUGUACCUUGCGACGACAAGGAGGGCCAUUACAUUAUUGUCCCAGAUGACAUUAUUUAUCGACGCUAUCGCACUGUCCGUCUCCUUGGACAGGGAACAUUUGGCAAAGUCGUAGAAGCCAUCGACACUCAAACUAACUCCAGAGUAGCUAUCAAGAUUAUACGCGCAAUCCCUAAAUACCGCGACGCCAGUAAGAUAGAGGUUCGAGUCCUCCAAAAACUGAAAGAGCGAGACCCUAUGAACAUACACAAAUGUAUCCAUCUACUGCAUUGGUUUGACCAUCGAAAUCAUAUAUGUCUAGUCUCGGAAUUACUGGGGAUGUGUGUGUAUGAUUUCUUGAAAGAGAAUGAAUUUGCCCCAUUUCCUCGAAAUCACAUACAGUCGUUUGCUAAACAACUACUUGGAAGCGUAGCUUUCCUGCACGAUUUACACUUAAUACACACGGACCUCAAGCCGGAGAACAUUUUACUUGUGCACAACGACUACAGAUCAAUACCUGUGCAUGUUCCAGGAAAGCGGAAUACACAACCUCGAAACAAACGGUUAUUGCAACGUACGGACAUUCGUCUCAUAGAUUUUGGGUCUGCGACCUUUGAAGAGGAAUACCACUCAACCGUUGUUUCCACGAGACAUUAUCGUGCACCUGAAAUUAUACUAGGCUUAGGUUGGUCGUAUCCUUGCGACGCCUAUUCACUAGGAUGCAUUCUUGUCGAGUUCUACACAGGCGUCGCACUUUAUCAAACCCAUGAUAACCUGGAACAUCUAGCAAUGAUGGAAAUGGUCAUGGGCAAGAUGUCAGAUCGAUUCGCUCGUGCUGGCGCACGUUCGAAGCCAGACUUCUUUAAAGAAGGAUGCAAGCUUGACUGGCCAAAGGCCAAAGCUUCGAGACAAAGCAAGAAGGACGUGCGCGCAACGCGCGCUCUUCAUGACGUGAUCCAACCCACGGAUCAUGUUAAUCGGCAGUUCCUGGAUCUUGUGCGGCGUCUGUUGGCAUUUGACCCCUCUCAACGGAUUACUGUGCGCGAGGCUCUUCAGCAUCCGUACCUGUCCAUGAAUAUCGCGGAUGAACUAUAGCAGCUAAUGCUAUAACUGAUAUUGAAGCUCGAUGUAGCAACUCCCCACUUUUGGAUCUCUGCCGUCAAAACUCUACCAUUGCCGUUUUGGGAGAAACACCGGUCCCCUGUAACAGUCAUCCUGCAUUUUGUGAUCUACAUUCUUCGUUUAUUUUGUUUCUUUUCCCACCCCUGUCAUCCACCUAAGUUGGAACUAUGAUAUUGGUCUUGGUCAUGUACUUUUUCCUCUUCGUCGUCUAUACUUUCCUUCUUCGACUUCUUCAAGUUCAAGUGCAAUAAUAUUUUCACCGUUUCUUCAAGCAGUAUCAUAUGUCUACAUCAUUUGCACGCAUCCAUUCUACAUGCUAUCCUCUGCUCUUAGGUCGACCCCCUCGAUCGACGCAUCGUUAGUGUUGUUGUAUCUUAUCAAGGUAUCAAUAUCGCUUGACUUUACAUGUCCUCACCUCAUCUCGUCGUCCCUCGAGCUGGAGACGUCCCUACAG